UUGGUUGUCCAUCGUGUUCGCCGAGUAACAGUUCUGCAUGUGUGCAGCUAACUAGUUUUUGUGUAUUUCUUGCGCUUGCUAUACGUUUUCACUAUCAAAAAUGACACAGGCGGAGAGAGAACAAGAAAAUGGAAAAGAAAAAGAAAAGGAACGAGAGAAAGAGAAAGAGAAGGAGCAGCGUGGUGUUAAAAGACCGAUAGUUCCACCCGUCAUCCCGGAGCCUCUUCAAGAGCAAAUCCAGAGCAACUUCAUUGUGGUGAUACAUCCGGGCUCUAAAACACUGAGGCUUGGCCGAGCAACAGACACACUUCCAGCAACAAUUCCACACGUAAUAGCGCGAAGACAAAAGCAGAGCGGACAGCCACGUUACGAGAACCCAUGGCUCCUGAGAGAGGGCCUAAAUAGACCCGAGAGUAAUGAGCAAAGGCAAAACGGACUUAAAAUGGUUGACCAGGCCAUAUGGUCAAAGAAGAUGUCCAAUGGGGUGAGAAGAACCCCUGUCUGUGCUGACCAGGCCAGGGCAUACAACAGACAGAUACGUCCAGCUGUCCUGGACAGUGUCCCCAGAGUGAAGUGGACCAACACAUCCCAACACCCUGAGUUCCUUGUGGGGGAAGAGGCUCUGUACGUGAACCCUACAGACUGCUAUAAUAUUCACUGGCCCAUUAGCCGUGGGCAGCUGAACAUCCACAGCGGCCCCGGUGGCUCUCUCACAGCUGUGCUCGCAGACCUGGAGGCCAUUUGGUCUCACGCGAUACAGAAGUUUCUGGAAAUCCCUUUGAAAGAUCUCAAGUAUUACAGAUGCAUCCUCUUGGUGCCUGACAUCUACAAUAGGCAGCACGUGAAGGAGCUGGUGAACAUGCUGCUCAUCAACAUGGGCUUUUCAGCCAUCGUGGUUCACCAGGAGUCAGUGUGUGCCACGUUCGGCAGUGGCCUUAGCAGUGCCUGUGUGGUGGACGUGGGGGAUCAGAAGACCAGUCUGUGCUGCGUGGAGGACGGGGUGUCCCAUCGCAACUCCAGGUUGUGCCUGGCGUACGGAGGUUCUGACGUGACCCGCUGUUUCUUCUGGCUGCUGCAGAGAGCCGGGUUCCCCUACAGGGACUGUAGUCUCUCCAACAGGCUGGACUGCAUCUUGCUGCAGCAACUGAAGGAGACCUUCUGUCACUUAGAUCAGGACAUCUCCGGGCUCCAGGACCAUGAAUUCCGAACACGGUUCCCAGACUCCCCAGCUUUGCUAUACCAGCUUCGACUUGGUGAUGAGAAGCUACAGGCACCGAUGGCACUCUUCUACCCAGCCACGUUUGGGAUUGUAGGACAGAAGAUGACGUCACUCCAGCACCGCUCUCAGGGGGAUCCUGAGGACCCUCACGAUGAGCACUAUCUGCUGGGAACCCAAAGCAAGCAGGACCAGUCUUCCAAAGCCACAGCAGAGCGCAAAGCCGUGGCCAAGCCCUCUGGGUUUGAUAGCGAGUCCUGCAGCCAAGGUGGAGACCCCACGGAGCGGGGCCACGCCCAGGACAUGGAGCUGGGACAGUCCCAGGGCGAUUGCCUGAUGGGCGGGGCCGACAUGGAGGAGCCCCCCUCUGCGCUGCUGUCCCGGAAGACGGCCGUGACACAGUUCGAGGGGAAAGCGCUGGGCCUGGACAAGGCCAUCCUGCACAGCAUCGACUGCUGUGCGUCGGACGAAACCAAGAGGAAGAUGUACAGCUCCAUCCUGGUGGUGGGCGGUGGGCUGAUGUUCCACAGGGCCCAGGAGUUCCUCCAGCACCGGAUCCUCAACAAGAUGCCCCCCUCCUUCCGUAGGGUGGUGGAGAAUGUGGAGGUCAUCACACGGCCCAAGGACAUGGACCCCCGGUUGAUUGCCUGGAAGGGGGGUGCUGUCCUGGCCUGCCUGGACACCACUCAGGAGAUGUGGAUAUACCAGCGGGAGUGGCAGCGCUUUGGCGUGCGCAUGCUGAGGGAGAGGGCAGCAUUCGUCUGGUGACCCAUUGUCCUGGUAACCCCAGGACUUUCAUCUUGUCAGUUACUA